AUGAACGCGGGCGCGGCCCACUUUUUUGGGGGUGACGCGGCCGGGGCGAACAGCUUUAAUAUCUCCAUCACUUUCGGCCUCAACGGUCGCUCUUUCAUCCGCAUCGUGGCAGACCUCGGGACGUUGCCCGGCAAGCCGUACUCCUUCGCCCUGUACCUCUUGGUUUUUCUGGAGGAGUACUUGAAGGAUAUCGAGACCCUCCGUGACGGUGAAACAAUCUCGGAUCGUGCAGCAGAACUCCGCGAGGUGCUUCUUUGCUUCCACCGUGCUGGACUGGCUCCAGAUCGGCUUCGGCUGAUGUACAGCCACAUUGAGCAGGACUUCCCCCGCUUUGAGGCUGCUGGCGCCCUUUUGCCAAUGCCGUCUGCCGUCAGCCUUUGCCACACGAUGCUUGCGACAGGUCUCAGCUCUAGUGGCGCCACGACCGUCCUCUUGCGCUCCUCGCUGCGUGAGCCUUUGAUCCACGUAGCCGACGACUCGCAGGAGCUGCGCAUGCUGAAAACCAUCGAGAUGUUAAUUCGACUUGACUUCCUCUACACCCAGGAGCGGCUGCCCCCAGAGGUCGCCGAGUAUCUCUCCGUCGUUCGGAAUCUUCGCUACUACGACCGUGAGCUCCGCCGCGACACUCCCCUGUCCUACCAGAUGGCAUUCUUCCUGCGGAAGCAUGGCUUCCCUGCCAAGCGAAAGAUGCUGGGGCCGUAUCCUCUGAAGGUCUGUGACCCUGACGAGCGGGUCAACUUCGAGCCUGUGGAGGAUCGGACCUGGCGCUUCGGGCUCAUCGAAACGCCGAGGGCACGGAAAAAGCGGCACUUGGAGGCUGGUCCCCGUCCCGAGCGUAACCUAUUUUUCAAGAAAAUGCACAGAGCCAAAGCAUGCACAUUGGGACCUUUCAGGGUUCUGUGCUGA